AUGGACGAAGCCGUGGAAUACCCGCAAACAACCUACAACCAGCAACUUGUGUAUCGGCGAGGUUGACGAGGGGGAGGGAGGGGGGGCCAUCUCCCCUGCCUGCCCCCUAAACCCAAGCUGGCUGGUGGGACUACAUCUGGUCUAUUGCCGGCCGCUGGUACGACGUGGAUUAUAGUUUUUCUGGGGGGAGGGUGGUGGAGCGCGUUGCUUUCGAAAGGAUGGUGAUUGUGGAGCGUAGCCAGAGUAGAGUUAGGCGUAUAUAAGGCCCGCCGGCCCGGCCCAAGUCAGUCAUUCACCGGACUACUAGCCCACCAUACACACACCAAACAUGAAGGCCUUUGUGAGUAUCCGCCACGGGGUUGGUGAAUUUUCGUGGGGUGUAUCGAUCGAUUAAACCGAGGUAUCCUGCCGCGAGGUUCGUUCGCUGUUGUUGUUCUCGAACCGUAGAAUAUUUCGGACUCGUGUCUUCCGUUCUCGCGCCAUUUUCAUCCGGUUUCAUGCUCGGCGAACUUCGCUAAAACAGCUCGAUCGGUUUUUGCGUUCGGCACGUUGUAGAGUGUUUAGUUAGAAGGCAUUCCCUAAUUGGAGGAUCGCUCGUUUGCACGUAGAUUUCCCUCUCGGAUCGUUCUCCUCGUUCCGAUAGAAUCGUCAAGGGUUCGAUCGAUUAGUCCUCGGACUCUCGCGAGCUCUCGCGCGUCUUUACUCGAGCCUUCACACAACAUGACACCGGUCGUAACGGUACGUAAAUAAAUCUAGUACCAGCCUCGAAAGUAGAAACUCAAUGUUCGAGAGCUUCCUCGUCGUUCAUACAAUCAAACUCCAUUGGCGCCUCCACGAUGUUCAAUGUCACGGCUCGAACCUCUGGCAAUUCGUUUCAUCCUUUCUGCUCCGCGGUGUCAGAACGCACGAAUCGACUUUGCCCUUCUUACGCCGCUCCAUUCAUGCGAGUCUCCGUUGCACGGUACGCUGACCGCGGAACCGGUUGUAAUAGUAUCAUCGUCAUUCAGCCUGCUGAACCCGUGGACCGGUUUUAUUCUCGGCGCAUCUUCAUUCACGAACGUCCUCGUUCGUCCUCUCUCGGCUCGCCGAUUUUCCUCUCGACUCGCCCCCGGUCGUUCGACUUGCGACCUGAAAGCGAAAUCCAUAUCAGCUCGAUCGUAGACGUCGCUUCGUUUCUCAGAUCGCGAUCGAGACGACGAAGUUCAGACGCAGAAGCGGGUAGCUCGAAGCAACGAUGCGAUUUCGCAAAUCUCGCGCGGAGCGGCGGCGCGCGGUUUCGAAAUAGCGCGCGUCGGGUUCGAUUCUCUCGCGAGAACGCGCACGCGGAUUGCCGCGGUUCCACGUAAACACGAGAUGUGAAAGUCUCACAGCGAAGCAGAUAGAUAUGCACGAUGGGAGGGCAACGGCACGCUCCUCUAAGUACAACAUUCGAGACAGGUUGGGCGUGACGCGUCGCCCGACUGAUUUUCCGUCUUCCGUCACGCGCGCGCGCGAAAUACCUUCCUCUUUUCGUCCGCCUAACGCCCGCGUUCACGUUGGAUAACUGCGGACAACGAUCUGGUUGUUCGAGGAAAGUAGACGAAUAGGCUACUUCCGACAGAACGACUAUUAUACUGUCUGUAUUCUGACGAACGAUUUUAACUGAGUUAACACGUUCAAGAUGAAUAAUAAGAAAUAAUAGUUCCAAUGUUCAAGUUUUCGUCUCUUUGUUCGAUCUUCAAACGUGUUUUUGGAACUUUGGAAUGAUAUAUAAAUAUAAAAAAAAGGGUUGCGAAGAAAAGUCGAUUGUGUUAAGGUUGAUUGACUCGAUUGUCCGACUAAAAGUCGUCAAAAUCUAAAAUAGCUUGAACGUUUGACUGUCAAAGUUGAAUAUCAAAGUUGAUCGACAAUUUGUUUGAAGAUUACGUAAGGAUAUUCCAAGACGUUUAAAAUCAUUAGUCUAAAGAAACAAACCAGACUCUUAAUGCUCGAAUGGUUAAACGAUCCGGACUAGUUUUCGAUCUCAUCCCAGUUUUCUUUCGUUUGAUUUUCUCCUCGGCUGGAAACCACGGUUCUGUUCGAGAGAACCGGUCGUUUCUAGCAAUGGAAGGAAAGCAAUCGGUUCGCGUUAACUCGAAAUCGUUCCUUCUAGAAACGAGCAGCAGGUCUAUAUUGGUGCGAAUUUCAAAGAACGUUGCUCUAAUCACGAAUCGAAUUGCGUUAGCAGAACGUGCGAUUGCAUGAGACGCGAACAAGUCUAUCUUCUCUUUCACAAAAUAGAUUUACGAAUCCAGUGGAAGAAGAGACUAUAUCAAAAUAGUGAGACAUUGAGAAUUUUGCGAAAAGUAGCAUCGCGAUGAGAAUAUUCAUAAAUUUUGCCACGUAUUCGUCAAUUAACGAUACUAACAGCAACUAGACGAUAACGAGACAUUUUCGACGUUUCAUGAUCUAGCUUCCUCUUGCACUUGACAAUAUUCCGACCGUUCUAUAAAAGCAAAAAUUUAUUACACAAUCUAAAAGAAUUUUUUCGAAGUCUUCAUCGAAGAUUUCAAUCGCGACGAAAGGAUUAGCUCGAUCACGAACGAUAGAAAAGGAGGGAAGUUUCGAGGGAAGUUUCGAGGAUUAUUCGGAAUCGCGAAACCGAUUACGACACGUUCGUUUCGAGUUAUUUCUCACCGACACGCGUCUCGGAAUCGUUGCGAAAUUUCACGAUCGUUGCCUCGGACUUUGAUAAUAAACGAGGCGACAACCGGUCGCAUCGUUGCUUUCACGCUUUAAAGGGGAUCGCAGUCGAGGGACAACGUUUUCCCAGGUGCGAGCGAUCGUUUCCCGUUGCAGUGAAACGGCGAGUACUCGCGCGCGCGUAUGCGAAGCCAAUCUGCAACCGUGUACCGAGUAUCGAAAGUGAAAGCCGCGGUUAUGUUACAACGGGGCUCGUGGUAAUCGGUGCCAAGUCAAUGGGAAUCUAAAGUCGCGGCGAUAGAACGAACGAACGCGUUUGCUUCCGUAAAACGACGCUCGAGAUAGCCUCGUCCUCGUUCGUUUUCGUUCUUUUUUCCUCGCUGAUUUCACUCGCGCGGAUAUUACCGUGCCGCGCGCGUACCUUUCACGAAUUACUUACGAUGCACUCUCGAACACGUAACCGUAACGCCGCGCGUUGAAAAGAAAGAAAAGAAAAAAAAAAGGAGAAAAAAAAAGAAAAGAAAGAAAAGUCACGUUGAUCGCGCGACCAGCAAGAAAAACUGACCGGAACUGAUCCGCUCGCAGGUUGUGUUCGCCUGUCUGGCAGUGGCGACGGCUCGCGCCGGAAUCGCACAUGGACCUGGCAUUGCUCUUGCCGCCGGUGGUCAUGGUGGUCUUGGUCUUGGCCUGGCAGCCGGUGGAGGUGCUAGUCUCUCCGGUGGACUUGCAGCGGGUGCGGGUAGCGCGAGAUCUUUGCAAGAGGGAGCGUCCAGCUUGGGAUCAUCCUCUCUCGGUGUCAGCUACGCUGCUGGAUCCGCGGCGGCGGCUGGCGCUGCUGGAAUUCAACAGAUUGUCUCUGGUGGAGUGAUCGGAGGCAGGGCUGACAUUGGACCCGCCGAAGGACCCAAGGCUAACGUUGGACCACAGAGCGGACCAUCUGAUCUCGUAGGACCCCAAGAAGGCGCCAAGAACGUCGGUGGACCUCGUACCGGUCCGGCUGGUCUCGUUGGACCUGCCACUGGUCCAUUCACCUCCGUGGGUGCCUCCGCUGGUACAUCCACCCUCGUUGGACCGUCUCAGGGUACUGCCAACUUGGUAGGACCAUCUGUGGGAGGUGUGAACUUCUACGCUGGCAGUGGCAACAUCAACGGUGACGACGGUAGCUCUGGCUCUGCUGCCGCUGGUGCGCCAAGUGCUCUCGGUGGUGCUGGACUCGCUCUCGGUGGCGCUGGUGCCAUCGCUGUUGUGGGUGGUGGUGCUGGAUACGGUGCUGGAAUCGGCGGACACGACGGUGGUGUUGCUGUGAUCAACGGACCGUCUGGCGCCAUCCACGCUGGACUCGGCUCACACGGAGCUAUCAUCCCCGCGCCACUCGGCAAGUGGAACUAGACGUUCUAAGGCCCCAGCGAUCUCGGCUCGGCGACGGCGGCAAACCCACCACAGUCACUUACCGGUCUCAAACGAUCCUCAAACGCGCUCAACGUCUUCUUCCCAAAGCUUCGUCCAAUCUAGGAACAUGGUCAUAGCGCCGGCGUUAGUGGUGUAGUCGGUAUAUAGUCAGAAUAUAUUCUAAUCACACAAGUCCAGUCGGUAUAUAUCGAGACACGGUGCGAAAAGCGCGAGUCGAAAGCCCAGCACGCCGGGACGAUCACGGGUUCAGAUCUCGACCAAAAAAAAAAAAAAAAAA